AUGAGAACGGAGGACACCAUCAUCGAUGACAAGCUGGACCGUAUUGACACCGCUGAGCUGUCCCUUAUUCAUUCGUCUGGGCCAUGGCGAGGUGACUAUGAUUACGACGGCUGGUACUAUCCGAUUCUUCAGUACAGCAAAAAGAAGCUCACUUACGAAACCGACCGGUUGCCCGCUCUGUCUUCGUAUGCAAAGCUCAUCGCCAGCAAGAGCGGGGAUACAUAUCUGGCCGGUCUGUGGAAGAACAAUCUCCAUCGCGGCCUGUUUUGGAAGCUGCAGAGGAGGGAUCGUACGACUUUCGACACGUUGAUGCAGAGACUGGCGCGUCCGUCCGAGUACAUCGCGCCGUCCUGGUCCUGGGCGAGUCGUCGUGGAGCUCUAGACCUGGAUAAUUCUGACGAGAUGAAGCUCGAGUGCGAUAUCCUCAAGGCCAAAACAAGCUCCUAUGGAAGAGAACAAUAUGGCCGUGUCCGUGGCGGCUAUCUUCUGGUCCGUGGAAAGGCCUGCGGUAUUCCUGGGGGAAAGCUCCAGAAGCUGCCGCUCGGAACGCCUUACCUUGACAUGCAAUGCGAGUGGCUGGCUCUGGAGGACGAGCAGUAUGUCGCGCAAUGCGCGCUCGACUGGAGGUUGACCAACGACCAAGGCAAGCAGCUGUCGGAGGCCAGCGGACAAUCCAUCGAAGCGAUUGUGAUGCUCCUCGUGUCGAGCGGAAAUACGACAACCCCAAGCGCCGUCUCCAGAAAACCUCAGGAGUGGGAGGACAAUCCAGAUGCCCCGCCGCUUGAGGUGCUGCACGGGCUGCUGCUGUAUCCGACGGGGAAGGCGGAUGACGAGUAUUGGCGGGUGGGAUUGUUCCAUUCGCUGGCGGACGAGAAGGGUGGGAGGGCUUACUUUGAGCAGUGUGACGAGAGGACGCUGCGGAUUGUGUAG